AUGCCCGCAUCACCCAUCGAGAUCCCGACCUCGGACGGCCGGAAGCUGGCCGGCACCCUCUACACGCCGAGCCUGGCCCCGGCGCCGUUCGGCAAGCCGCACCAGCUGCCGGCCCUGAUCCUGGCCCCGACCUUCACGGCCACCCAGACCAUGGGCGCCCAGAACUGGGCCCAGCACUUCACCUCGCACCUGUGGCUCGCCGUCGUCACCUUUGACGCCCGCGGCUUCGGACAGUCCCAGGGCGAAGGCUUCGUCCCCCAAGAGGCCCUGCCCGCGGCCCAGAUCGCCGACCUCCAGGACGCCAUCACCUUCGCCGCGGCCCACGAGCUCAUCGACCCGGGCCGCAUCGCCCUCUGGGGGUCCGGCCUGUCGGGCGGGCACGUCCUGCACGUCGCCGCCGUCGACAAGCGCGUCCGCGCCGUCAUCUCCCAGGCGCCCAUGGUCGACGGCUGGGAGACGCUCGCCCGCCGCGUCCGGCACGACGUCCUGCCGGACCUCGAGGCGCGCUUCGCGGCCGACCACACGGCCCGCGCCAAGGGCGGCGCCGCCUCCAAGCCGGGCGUCGUGCCCGUCGUGUGCGACCCCAGCACGCCCGAGGGCAUGGCGACCAUCUGCGCGCUGCCGGGCCGGGACUCGUGGGCGCACUUUGGCCACAGCAAAGACGGCUGGGUCAACGAGGUCACGCUGCGGUCGCUCGAGGCCAUCCGCGGCUACGUGCCGGCCACGCUGGUGGCGAGGAUAUCGCCCGCGCCGCUGCUCAUGGUCGUGGCGCGCGACGACCGCGUGUGCGGCGCCGACCUGGCGCUCGCGGCGUACGAGCGCGCGCUGCAGCCCAAGGAGGUGCGGUUCGUCGACGGCGGGCACUACAGCGUGUACGGCGGGGAGAAGUUUGAGGGCAACGUCGAGGGCCAGAUCGUCUGGCUGAAGGGCGUGUUUGGGCUCGCUCUCUUCGAAACCGGGCGUCUCGGCACCGCCCUUCUCCACCUCCUCCUGCUCCUCCCCGACCUCCUUGCCCUUGCUGCCCCUUCCCCUGCCCCUGCCCCUGCUGCUGAUGAGCUCCUUGAAGCAAAAGUUGGGGUGGAAGAUGUUGAGCACCAGGCACGCCACGGCGAUCAUGACGCCCUCGAACCCGAUGAACAGGCCCUGCCGGCGCAUCAGGGGCCCGUCCCACCCGCGACUCAGCUCGGCGACGCGGUACACGCACCGCCAGAAGAUGCACGCCGUCGACAGCGCCAGCGCGCCCAGGAACCCGCGGAAGGCGCGGCUGCGGCGCAGGCGCCGCACGGCCUCGGACUGGUCGAACGCGGCCUCGCCGAGCCGGCGGUGGCGGCGCCAGGCGCGCACCGCAAAGUCGGCCGCGACGGCGAUGAAGACGAGCAGCGUCAGCACCUGGAAGCUCAGGCCCGCGAUCAUGAUGUCGUCGCCCGUGCGCGUCGGGGUGCCGCGGUGCGAGGCGACCGAGGCGAUGCCGCCGCCCGCGGCCUGCAGCACGAGCGAGACGACGUCGCAGGGGAUGAAGAUGCGCGUGUAGUACGCGGGCGGGAUGCGCGAGUUGGCGGCGCCGAACGCGCCCACGAUGCGCCGCAGGCAGAGGUAGAUGCCGGCGGCCAUGAAGGCCGGCCCGAUGGUCAGGCAGAUGAUCUGCAUGAGGAACCCUUGCUCCUUCCAGGGGUUCUGCCAGCUCAUGACGCGCCCCGCGUAGCCGAGGACCUCGCAGAGCGUGCCCAGGACGAGGGCCGUCGUGAAGGCGUACCCGCGGCGGGUGGCGGCGCAGGUGAGCAGGAAGAGCAGGCAGGAGAGGGAGAAGAGGGCGAGGAAGGUGGCGUUGGCGGCGAGGUUGAGGUGGUACAGGUAGUAGCUGCGGACGCGCUCGCAGCCGGGCGUCUUGGGCAGCCUCUCGCACAUGGCCGAGGUGACGGUGGCCCGGGCCACGAGGCCGAGCAUGUCGGAUAUGGUGUGAGACAUGGGCUUGGGUGGGAGGAGGCUGGCUCCUUUUGGUUGCUUAUCUUGCUCCAAGUGUAA